CAAGAUCAGUAGCAGUGGUUGUUGGAGCUUCCCGCGGCAUGGGAAGGCAGAUAGCAAUUGCAUUGGCCGAAAAAGGAUACACAGUCAUCGUCGCCGCGAAAACAACCUCAGAUCCCUCAACUCUGAUUUCCUUCCCUCCCGAUCCAAACUCUUCCAACAGCACUAUCAACACCGUAGCCAAAGAAAUCCACCUCCUAGGCGGCACAGCAAUACCCGUUCCUGUAAACACACGCUCUGAAGACUCUGUCAAUGCUCUCUUUCAGAAAGUUGCAGCAGAAUUUGGACGCCUGGAUGUUUUGGUCUACAACUCUGGAGCAAUCUGGUGGUCUUCCGUCGCCAAAACACCUGUAAAGAGGUUCAAACUCAUGCAAGAAGUCAAUAUUGAAGGCUUAUACUCCAGCAUCCAAGCCUCUUUUCCACUUUUCGAAAAGGGUGCCUGGAAGGGUAGGGUCAUUGUUGUUUGCCCUCCUAUUUACAGCAGAUUCUUCAGAGGCAAGACAGCCUAUGCUGUGGGUAAAGUGGGUAUGAGUGUAUUGGUAAAAGGUCUAUCUAUGGAUUGGAUAAGAGAAGGAAAGAAAGAUAUGAGUAUCACGGGGAUAUGGCCUGCUGUGGCUAUUGAAAGUGCGGCUACUGGGGAAGCUGUGGCGGCGGAUAUGGAUAAGAGGAAUGAUCUGAGAAAGGCGACGGUGUUUUCGGAUGCUAUCUUGGGAAUGCUGGAGGAGAAGACGGGGAAUGUUACUGGGUUGUUGACUACGGAUGAAGAUUUCCUGAGGGACUUCAAGGGUGUGGCGGAUUUUGGCAAGUAUAGUCUUGUGCCUGGCGCUGUACCGAGGAGGAUCAUGCCGAAAGACUUUCCGGAUCUUACUGUUGAAGAGCAGGAUGAUGAGGGUGUGAGGACGGAUAGCACGGUCUUGCGUGAGAAGCGACAAGCGAAGCUUUGAAUGAUUACUAGCAAGUAACACUAAUUACUAGUUGUCUUUGUUCUUUAGCCCUUUGCAAACCGAGACUCUGUGUACGCUGGUUGAAACGAGGAAGUAAUGUCCAUGGCACAGUGAGAAACUCACGAACUUGAAGUUUGGGAUGUCCGGUCCCUGCGUGAUCUGUCCAAAGCAUUCCAUUUUCGUGCAAGAGAUCGGCGAUGUCACUCCACCUUCUUGCCUCAGUAUCGCUGUAAUUGCUAUCCUCGUCCUCAUCUUCGAGAGAUUGCACUGUGGGAGCU